AUGGGUGAGCUGCAACAUUUUAAGGAUCUGGAAUUGGCUAAGGUUCGGAUUCAGGAGAAAGAGCACUCACAGAAGAAUAUAGAAGAGAUCAGAUUAAAGCUAGACAAAACGUACCAGAAAAAGUCUGAGACGUUGAUUACAAGAGAGAAGAAUGCUAUUGAGAGACUUCAGAAACAGCAGGAGAUUGAGGAAAAAGAAAUAUAUAUACAGAGACAAAGUUUACUGAAAGAUAUUGAAGCUGUGCGAAAUAGAGAGAUUGAACUUCGACAACGAAUUGAAGCCUUUGAACUGACUCAGGAUUUGCAUGACCAAAAGAACAAGAGUUUAGAGGAGGAUCUCCGGAGACGGGAGCUUGCAGUGAAAAAUAUUGAGGAGACUUACGAGCAGAAGCUGAAAACCGAACUGUUUAGGUGUCAAGUGGAACUACAGGAAGAGCAUCGUAAAAGAAUGGAAAAAGUGACUGCAAAUGAGAAAAGACUCGAAGCAGAGGCAGCUCGACUGCAUGAGGAGUCUGUUAUUAUUCAUUCCAAAAGAGAGGAACUCCAAGAAGCUCGUGUUGAAGUUAAGAAGAUGGAGGUGGAAAUGAAUGCAGCUACAGCCCAAGUUUGUUUGUUAAUGAAGCAGAAUGAGCUGUUGAAUGAAAAGUUAAAGGAAGUAGCAGACUAUACCACAUUAAAGACAGAAAAUGUACAGCUUCAGACUGAGAUUAACAUGCUGACAAAACAGCUUGAUGAAGCUCAUCAUGAAAAUCAGAAACUGCUUGAAAUGCUGAAUCAACCUUCUGCUGCGCAAUUAGCUCUUCAAACUGAAUUGAAGAAAGCAGAAUAUUCAAGAAAGCUUGACGAAGAUGAAUAUCAAAACCAAAAACAGAUUCUGGAACAACAGCUACAGAAUGAGAUGGAACGCUAUGCAAAGGUGAGAAGCCAACUUGUAGACUAUGAGGAUCAAACCAGAAGGCUGAAUGGACAGAUUGAUGAUUUGAAACUUCAGCUGCGACAAACACAGUUGGCUUUAGAGAAUGAAGUCUACCGCAAUCCAAAACCAUCUCGAAUUGAUCGGUCAAUCAUUGACCUCACUGCUGACAGAAUUGCACCACAUGAUACUUAUGUAGAUGUUGGUUUACUUGGCAGUCGAGUAGCACCUGAAGAUCGUCUCUUCCAUCCAACGUCUGCAAUGUAUGCUAAUUACUGCAAGUUAACUGAAAAAACCUGUUCUUCACCAGAUUCAGACCAGGAUUUUGUAGCAGGAGCAAAGGCUCGAAUAAGGGAGCUGGAAAAAGAGUCUGAGAACCUAGAGGAAGCCUACAGAAACUACCAAAAUAGAAUCAUUCGGACUGCCAUUCAGAAAAGUUCAGAAACUCGAGCUUUUUCUCCAAUGUCAGUUAACAAUAUUCUCAGUAGAAUUCCAUCCAACCAUCAGCAUAGAGUAACAUUUGCAGACAACGCCUUUACUUCUCAACAGCUACAGUUUGCUACAAGAGCACAAAUACAUGAGGAAAAUCACCGACAAAUAACUAAAAUUGAAGAUCACCAAACUCCUGCUGUAUCUCAGUUUACAUCUCCAAGACACUGUUCUUCAACACCUGUCAAGCAUAAACUUAAAUAUGAUCAGUGUAGUAGAACUUCAGAAGGUGUCGAUGGAUCAUUUCUAGCCAUUAUACCCAGUAUAACGGGUCACCCAACAUCGAUUGCAACUAAUGAACUCCAUGUUGUCGACAGUCUAAACUCUCCUUUACCUGACACCAAUGAAAGAUCUGAAAAUACUCCAAUAGACCAUCCUGUAUCUUGUGAAUCUUCAACAAAUCAAAGGUUUGAAGAACUGAUUGAGCAAUCAGAUGACCAUUUUGAAAUUGAGCAAGAAGGCAAUCUAACCCUUAACAAAAAUUUGUCCCAGCACUGGGGGGAAGAUGUUAAUCGAGGAUCUGUUUCUUCAUUAGACCAAGAAGCAAUUUUAAAUCCUGCAGAUACAGGUGCAGGUAAAUUCAAAAAUCCUGAAGACGAGAAAGGCAGAGAGAAUGAAAAGGGCAAAGAAGAAGAAGAAAAGUCAUGGGAAGAUCAGAGGCAGGGAGAUGGAGACAAACAGUGCCUGGAAAGACAGGAAAUGAUGGAAGGGGAACAGAGACAACUGGAAUUCCUAGAACAGGAAAAGGAGGAAAAACUGAAGAUAGAGCCAAACAAAGAAAGAUCAAAGGAGUGGAUUUCAGAAGGUGCAGAAUUGCCAGCUUCAAGUACAGAUCCACUUGAAAAAUAUAUGAAAAUAAUUCAACAGCAGAAGGAAGAACAACUGCAAGAACAGAGUUCUAAAAGGGAAGUAGAAGAGAGUUCUUUACUCCAAACAUUGUCAGAUGGAAAAGCUGGCAGUUCUGCAGCUUCGCAUGAUGAAGGUGAUGACAAUUUCUGGUGAAAUACACCCAACUACAACACAGACCUACUCCAGAAUGUAAUCCAUUGUACACUUGAAAUUUUAAUUGGAUUCAUAUAAAUAUUUAAUUCUUAAUAAUGUUCUGACUAAAGACAGUUUUUUAAAAUACUUAAUUAGUCAAUGAACAGUGUGAUUAUAUUGAUACAAUUUUUAUGCAAAAACUCUGUAAAAUAUAAGUUUGAGAAAAAGUUAAAA